AUGGCAUCGAGCUGGAUUUACCUACCGGCGCUCGAGUACCUCGAGACAGGAUACGAUUGUUACCGCUCAGAUCUAGGACGAACAUACAUCCAGUACGAUGCACCAUUCGCUAGCGCAAACGUACACACUAUGGGGUUCGAGCUCUCCACUUCACUUCUACUCCCAUAUGCUAUGGACUACGAUUGGGCGCUCAGCUGUGGAAGUAUCGCCUCAAAUCUACUUCCCAGGCUGCGCAGACUAGAGAUUAUACUUGACAAUACACAGUACAACUUUGAAUACAACAGCCAAGAAGAAGACGAACAUUCGGAACGCUAUACUGAGUAUAUCGAUGUUCUCACGCGUCCUGUGGACGGUCAUGCGGACGUGCUCUUGACCCGCAUGGUUUCACUAUUACCUUCUUUGGCCGAGCUAUGUGUUAGAAUAUACGAGGAUCGCGACCUCUACUUUCUCAACUACAUUGAGCCCUUCACCAACUUCGGUGGUUUCAGAGCGCUUACCUCACUAGCCGUUCCGCAAGAGUUGCUCCUUGGUGCCAACUACGGCAUUCCAGGACAGCAGCAUCAACCUGUUGCUGUACACCAGUUGCUUCCUAGUACGCUCGAACGGCUUGUGCUAUUCUUUCCCACUGUCGAGGUAAUGGACUGGCUAGAUCAACUACGCAGCCAUGAAGCGUGUUUGGCCCGGUUAGGAACCGUUGUUCUGGUUUGCGCGAACUAUCGAGGUGAUUGUUUUCCAGCAGUGAACUCGCAUAUCGAAGUUUGGGCAGAAGGCGCCGAGAUGUGGUUCUGCACCAGGGUUUACUGGACCGAAGAAGACCUAAGUCCAUCAUGGUCCGUUGGAGCUUGGUCUCUUGAUUGCGACCCCUACGUAAUGCGGGUUGUGCGGUACCUAGAGGGAUUGCACAUUAAGAGGGAGUAA